AUGUCCGGAAUGCCAAGAAGUGAGAAGACCAAUGAGAGUGGGAACAAUCGUCAUUCAGACAACUUAGACCGUUCUGAGUGUUCAAGCCUUCCGGAGUUGACAUCCUCAGAAGGGGAAGACAAUGAGAGCAUCAAUGACCACCCCAAUUCAGGGAUGAUUGCAAUAGUUAAAAAAGUCUUCGAGAAACAACCUAGCACUCUCUAUGACUCUUGUAUUCAAGCUUAUCUAAAGGCAUUGGACAUUGUCAACUCCGACACGGCCUCACUUGAUAAAGUCAAAGAACUAUGUGGCUCGUGGGAUUCGACAAAGUAUGAGAUGUUGAAGAAGGUAGAGUCUCUGAAUGGAUUGUUCACAGCAGGAAAAUUUGGAGAGUCGAUCAAGACAGAGUUGCGAGAAGGAGUGACACUAUCUCAGCAUAUUUGUCUUUAUCCGUCCUAG